UUCCUUUCAGUGUGAUCAAGGCUACUCUCUGAAGGGUAAUGAAUACAUAACGUGUAUGCCAGGGCCCGUCAGACGAUGGAAUUACCCCGUACCUCUGUGCUUAGCUCAGUGCGGAGGCUCUAUGACAGACUUCAGUGGUGUGAUCCUGAGUCCAGGCUUCCCAGGGAAUUACCUCAGCAGUCUGGACUGUAGCUGGAGCGUACAGCUCCCCGUAGGCUUCGGCAUUCACCUGCAGUUUCUAAACUUCUCUACCGAAGCGGUGCAUGACUAUCUGGAGGUGCUCAGCGGGAGUUUGGAGACGGGUUCUGUGAUUGACAGGUUCAGUGGGUCCGUUGUGCCCGGCUCUCUGUUCAGCACCACACAUGAAACCAGCUUCUUGUUCCACAGUGACUACUCCCAGAACAAACCGGGCUUCCACAUCAUCUACGAGGCCUAUGAGCUCCAGCGCUGCCCAGACCCGAGGCCGUUCCGUAACGGCGUGGUGAUAGGCCGAGACCUCGGGGUGGGCCUGACCAUCUCGUUUGAAUGCCUGCCAGGUUACACCCUGAUAGGAGAGGUCUCACUCACCUGCCUGCAUGGGGUCAGCAGAAACUGGAACUACCCUGUACCAUGCUGUGAGGCCCAGUGUGGUGGUAAUAUAACGUCUCUGAACGGGACCAUCUAUUCUCCCGACCACCCAGCAGAGUACCCUAACUUCCAGGACUGUCUGUGGAGUGUACGGGUUCCCCCAGGGAAUGGCAUCUGCAUCAACUUCACCGUUCUCAACACUGAACCCAUCUACGACUACAUCACCGUCUGGGACGGCCCUGACCAAGGAUCUCCUCAGAUUGGUCAGUUCAGUGGGAACACGCCCCAGAAAGAGGUCUAUACCACAGCCAAUCAUGUCCUCAUCAAGUUCCACAGUGAUUUCAGCACCAGUGGGUUCUUUGUACUUAGUUACCAUGCAUACCAACUGAGAGUGUGUCAGUCUCCUCCAGCUGUUGCCCACGCAGAAGUCCUCACAGAACAUGACGAGUUUGAAAUAGGGGACAUUAUCCGGUACCAGUGCCUGCCAGGGUUCACCCUGCUGGGCUCGGAGAUCCUGACGUGCAGGCUGGGGGAGAGGCUCCAGAUGGACGGCCCUCCACCUCUCUGCCAAGUACAAUGUCCUGCUAACGAGGUCCGCUUUGACUCCACGGGGGUGAUCCUGAGUCCCGGCUACCCAGACAGUUACCACAACCUCCAGACGUGUUCCUGGCUCAUCAACGUAGAGAAGGGCUACAACGUCACCCUCCACUUCCAGCUCUUCCAGACUGAGAAGGAGUUUGACAUCCUGGAAAUAUUUGACGCCAGAGCCUGGCGUCCAGUACAUGUUUCUGUGUCUCAGCGUUAUGACAUCACCACGCCCUUUAACCUCACGACCUCUGGUCAUCAGUUGCUUCUGCGCUGGUCGUCUGACCACGGCACCAACAGGAAGGGCUUCCACGUCAGAUAUGUGGGUCCUAACAUCUACCAUCCCUGGGUGACAUCACCACGUCCAUCGACCUCUGGUCAUCAGGCUUCUGCCAACCACGGCACCAACAGCCUCAGUAUGUGGCAAUGUACUGCAGUACUCCAGACUCCCCAGCAGGGUUUUGUAGUGAGCCAGACAGGAGGGCAUCUCAACAGUGUGGUGCGUUGGGGCUGUGACCGGGGCUACCGGCUUAUUGGAAAGGCCACAGCUGUCUGUAAGAAGACGGCCUUUGGGUAUUAUACCUGGGACUCAACGGUACCUGCAUGUCAAGACUUUGGCUCCCAGACUUUGGCUCCCAGACUUUGGCUCCCAGACUGGGUCCCAGACUUUGGCUCCCAGACUUUGGCUCCCAGACUGGGUCCCAGACUUUGGCUCCCAGACUUUGGCUCCCAGACUUUGGCUCCCAGACUUUGGCUCCCAGACUUUGGCUCCCAGACUUUGGCUCCCAGACUUUGGCUCCCAGACUGGGUCCCAGACUUUGGCUCCCAGACGCCGUUCUAA